AUGGUGGCUUAUCUUUCAGAUGAAAUCCAGAACUUCCUCGCCUCGAUUCAAGACACGGCGGCCGUCUCAAGUCAAAGGAAAAAUGAAGGUGGGAUUGUCGCAACUUCCAAGAGGGUUCCUGAUGGGAAUGAGUGCAGUCUGAUCGAGGAGGAUCUCUACACUGACCAACCAACCAAUCUGUGCCCGGGCGAUGGCACUGACAGAGCAGAGGGUGAGCCUUCAGCUGGAGCUGAUACUAAGAUGCAUCAGGAUAAAGAUGGAAGCAAGGCUGAGGAGGCAGCAGCGGGUAUAGAGGGUUCUGGGGUGGCAGCUGUACCAGACCAAGAUAUGGAUGAUGCUGAGCUGUGCCUUGCUCUGCAGUACUCCAUGGAGAGCAGGUACCAGCUGACAGAGGAGGAUGAGGAACUUCAGAAAGUCCUUCAACUUUCCAAAGAGAUGGCCGCAGGCCAACAGGAAGACAGUCCGGAACUUUCUGCCGGGGCGUUCCACGGUGAGAGCUCAGAGGCCGGCCUUGAGGAAGCGAUCAGGAUGUCCAUGGCGGAGGCUGUGCAGAGCUCCAAUUCCGCGCAGCUGAUGGUCUGCGCCGACAGCGACGAGGACAUCGACCGAUUGGUGAAUGAGUUAGAGAGGAGCGUCCGCUCCCAUCUCCGUGAGGAGGUGAUGAGGCACCAAUGUUUCCGGAACUUGAGCAAAGAUUACGCUAACUACUUGGAAUAUCUCCAACGGAAACACGCUGUGGCCAUCACCCUUGAGGGCACGGAGGUCAGGGUUCACGGGUUUGCAGAUUACACCAUCGAUGCCAAACAGGACAUUGCCCGUCUCAUGCACUGGGCCGCCCAGGAUGAAAUGGCAAAGGUGGAGGAAAUGACAGUCGCAAGGUCUGUCCAGUGGGUGAGGCACUGUCGAAGUGCUGAAACCAUGCCCUACUCUCUAAAAGCAUGUACGUUCAUAGAGAGAGCAUUUCAACAGAAGGAGAAGAGAGUCGAUGUGGUCUUUGAUAACAAACCUUACACCAUUGACUUUGAGCGAAUGGAGGAAUAUAACUUGGGAGCGGCAGAAACUGUUCCAAUUGAGAGGAAGCUUCUCUACCUCCCAGAUGAUACAGAUGUGUCAUCUUUAACUUCCGGACAAAUUGAACUGGUCCAGUUGGACGAAGCAAGUGAGGAAUAUUGCAAGAUGGUGCGACAUUUUUAUGACACCCUGAAGGAUAUGCACAAUAAAAUCCGCAUCAUAAAGGUUGAGAUGGUGAACAACCCACUGCUGUAUCAGCAGUACAAAUUGAAGAAGACCAGCAUGGCAGCCACACAGACAGACGUCGAGAAGGUCCUGUUCCAUGGGACCUCCGAGGGGAGCACCAGAGAGAUCUCCAUGCAUGGCUUCAACAGGAGCUUCUGUGGGAAGAAUGCAACUGUCUACGGGCAAGGAGUUUACUUUGCAGUCAAUGCUGUCAUCUCGGUACAGGACCAAUAUUCACCGCCGAACGCCAAAGGCCAUAAAUUUGUGUUUGUGGCUAAAGUCCUGACUGGAAGCUACACCAAUGGCAAGGCCGAGAUGAAGGCGCCGCCUUUGAAAGAGAACAGCAAGAUGCCGCUCAGAUAUGACUCACUCGUUGACAAUUGCAAGAACCCCAAAAUAUUUGUCAUCUUCAACGAUACCCAGGCAUACCCUCAGUAUCUGAUCACCUGCCGGAACAACUGAUACCUUUGGCCAACAGCUCCUCAUGAAGGUUCAUCUGCUGUGCUCUGCCAUGUUCUGGAUCGAUCCACUGCUGUCUGUACUGAUUGAACCUGACUUAUCUCGCCCAGGUUGAUGGGUAAACUUUAUCACAGGCUGGUUAUUUGCACACUGACCCUGGCCCAAAUUAGGCAUUGCGUUGUAGAAAGCUCCUUCGGUCUCUUUAACUCCCCAUGCUGCCAUUCCAGCUCACUUCAAGCAGCUUCCUGGGAUCAUCAAAGGUUCCUCACUCCACCCCAUCGAAGAAAGAGAAACCCUUUUCAUAAAAUCCCUACAGUGUGGAAACAGGCCCUUCGGCCCAACCAGUCCACACCGAUCCUUACAGCAUCCCACCCCCCCAUAACCCACCUAAUCUACACAUCCCUGAACACUACGGGCAAUUUAGCAUGGCCAAUCCACCUAGCCUGCACAUCUUUGGACUGUAGGAGGAAACCGGAGCACCCUGAGAAAACCCAUGCAGACACGGGGAGAAUGUGCAAACUCCACACAGACAGUUGCCUGAGAGUGGAAUCGAACCCGGGUCCCUGGCGCUGUGAGGCAACAGCGCUAUUACUAGGGUGUAACUCGAAGUCCUUGCUGCCACACGAUUACUGUUUCCUGCUGUUGACUGUGUUCUGAGCAAACUGCCUUAUUCCCAGUUUUGUGACUUAUUUCUUUUUGUGUGUGGGGUGGUGGGGGGCGGGGUUUCUUUAUUCUUUCAUGGGAUGUGGGUGUCUGUGUGGGCCAGCAUGUCGUUGUCCCAUCCCUAAUUGCCCUUGCUGGGUCAUUUCAGAGAGGAGUUAAGAGUCACUCAGAUUUUGCUGUGGGCCUGGAGCCACAUGGGGUCGGGAUUGGGUAAAGACGGUGGAUUUCCCUCCCUAAAGGACAUGAUUGAGGCAGAUUUACAACAGUCACCAUUACUGAAACUAGCUCUCUACUCCAGAAAUGUUGACCCAGCCACUAAUGCCCACGUCCCGUGGGGAAAAAAAAAUAAUUUGAACAUGCAUCCCCGUACCACGAGCAGAUUUUCUUUAAGAUUUAAGGUUUGGGCAAACCAUCUGCUUCUCAAGCGAACACUUCGACUGGCAACUCCAGCUCUGUUACCUCUCUAAAGGCGACCCCUUUCGUAAAAUCGGGGUGGGGGCGUGUGUGUGUGUGUGGGGGGGAUGUGUCAAAAUUGGGACAACUGUCCCACAGGUUGGUCAGUCACCAUCCUGACAUUGAUUCUGCCCCUGGCCACCUGGUCUGGAGGGGGCAGGGAGGUAUGAUUCUGCCCCUGGGCACCUGGUCUGGAGGGGGCAGGGGGUUACAAUUCUGCCCUUGGCCACCUGGUCUGUGGAGGUUCAAGAAAAUGGUUGUGCAGCAACAGCUCAAGGGGCAAUUAGGGAUGGCCAACACAGACAGGCCCUGUCAGGAACACCCAUGUCCCAACAAUUAGUUAUUGUAGGGCUUUGGUGAUUGCUGUCCCUGUGUCCGUGUGUAAUGUUUGAACGCGUAAGCUGCGAGACGUCGAAACUGUGAACGCUUCCAAAAACGCCUCGGGAUCGUCCCUUAAAUCCGAGAAUGCGGCUUUCGCUCCAUAAUGUGCUGGAGACUUGGCGUGCAGUAUCUCGAAAUAGCUUGUUCUUCAUUUGUUUAAGGCACCGUAAAGUCUCGCUUUGAUUUCUUUUAGAAUAUAAAAUGUAAAAUGUUUUCUGAGAUAUUUGACUCUUGUUGUGGGGAAUGAACAGGUAAGACUUAACCUCUCAUGUGAAAAGGGCACGUGGCCUUCCUUUGCUGGAUGCUGGUGUUAGGGGGUGAUGUGCCAUGUUUGAGUUGAAUGGCUGUGCUGAUUGAAGGAAGAUCUGCCUACUCCUCCUCCCUAUUUCUGAGGAGCCUGGGCCUCAGGUGGGAGUGUAAGGGAGAGGAAAACGGGGUGGCGAAGGGCUAGGCUACUGGUGAGAGGUAGGGAACUACAAGGGAGCAAUUUUCAAAGGGAGAAACACAUUGAAAUCAAUAGCACGGCCUGCUUCGGGAUCCUGGACUAGAAUAGUUCCAGGUGCUCCUUGUGCUCAAUUGGCUGAGCUCAGGCAGGUCAGUGCUGCUAUUGACCUCCGUGCCUGAGAGUUGGGUGACAGCUGGGUAGAUAAUAAAUGGAUGGGCUUCCUUUUGCCUUCCCCACCCAUCGACCUCCCACUUCUGCUCAUCAGUCGAGAAGAAACAAACAUGAGAAAGCUGGGAGGAUAGCAGGCAGGCUGAGCCGUGGAGAGCGAAUGGCCCGCUGCUGCUCCUGAUUGUGACUCUCAUACAGUCAGACAGCACGGAAACAGACCCUUCGGUCCAACCAGUCCAUGCUGACCAUGUUCCCAAACUAAAUCAUGUACUUGUCCAAACGCCGUUUCGAUGUUGUAACCGUAGCUGCCUCCACCACUCCCUCUGGCAGUUCAUUCCACAUACGAACCACCCCCCUGUGUGGAAAAGUUGCUCCUCACGUCUCUUUUAAAUAUUUCUCCUCUCACCUUAAAACUAUGCCCCUUCGAGGGACACAAUGGCCUAGUGGUAUUAUCCAGAGACCCAGAUAAUGUUCUGGGGACCUGGGUUCGAAUCCCGCCAUGGCAGAUGGUGGAAUUUGAAUUCAAGAAAAAUCUGGAAUUAAGAAUCUAAUGAUGACCAUGAAUCCAUUGUCAAUUGUCAGAAAAACCCAUCUAGUUCAUUAAUGUCCUUUAGGGAAGGAAACUGUCUUCUGGUCUGGCCUACAUGUGACUCCAGACCCUGAGCAAUGUGGUUGAGUCUGAAUUGUCCUCUGAGCAAUUAGGGAUGGGCAAUAAAUGCUGCCCAGCCAGCAACGCCCUCAUCCUGUGAAUGAAUAAAAUUCCCCCACCCUAGGGAAAAGACCUUUGCUAUUAAUCUUAUCUCAGGAUUGUAGAUUGGAGAAUUGAUUUUAAGAAGUUUAAAUAAGUAAACACAUGAACCUGUUGCUGCAUUGUGUACAUCAUGAUAGAUAUCUUCUGACUUAAUUAAAGUUUUAUCUUUGGACUCCCUAA